UUCAGGCUGAGCGCGUAGGAUGAAAGUUAGUUGUAUUUCAAUGCUAAAAUAAUAAAUUUAUUUUUGUAAUAAAAAGAAAUCAUGAUUCGAAUCCAACACCAAACAUGAACAUUCCAAUCCCUGCAGUUCCAUAUCCAUAAUUCCAUGGCUACCAUCAACUGAAGUUGUUAUCACUCUAUCUUUGUUAUAAAAUUAUUGGGCAAUUGAUUUUUUUUUUACCAAAAAUAUGCAAGUUCAACUGUGUUGAUUAAAAUGAACAUAUUCCGGAAAAUUUGUCCAGUUUAAAUAAGUUUAUGGAUAAAAUAUGGCAAAGCAACUUCUACCAAAACUGAGUACUUGUGUAUUAACUCCAUGUCAAUGAUUGCUAAAGAUAUCAUAUUACGGCCGUAUUCAUCAAACCGGUUGCUAAACAACGGAUCGUUCAACCCAUGAUCAAUGACAAAUCAUCAACCAAUGAUCAUUGGUAUUCACGAACGUUAGUUUUACGACUAAGCAUCAAGGCAGCUACAUAUCACAUGAUUAUCAGCUGAUGGUAAAUUGCAGAAACAAACCUAAACAUGUAUCGUCUCCGAGACAUUAAGAUGAGAUGCAACAGAAAUUUAAAUUUUAAAACAUUUCUCUUACGUCGGCAUGGAAAUGAAGCUAUUAAAAAUGACAUUACUCACAGCUAAUAAGUCCAGUGAACAAAACAAUCGAUAUUAAAUAAGUGUAAUAAAUGUUGCAGUUCUCAAGAGUAUUUACUUUCUGAAAAUCUGAAUGUUACAAAUGGAGAAAACUCAUUUGAUUAGUAUAUACACUGGAAAUACCUUUUGACAUAUAAAAUUUCAGCAGGCAUAUGUAGGUGAAGUUUUCACGUGCAACUGAAUUUCAUAAAGCAUAAAAAAAUACAAACAUUACAAAUUGUACUUUUAUAUAAAAAUAUUUGCUGUGAAGUCUGAUUUUAAUAGGCAUUUAAUAACUCAUAUGAAAGAAAAAUUGCAAUGCUGUAAACCAUUUUCAGAUUAAAGCAUUUUGGAUUGAAAUUUAUAUGCAUUUAUCACUGAGAAAUUGUAUGUCAGUAUGAUGUGUAGCGAAGCGUCUCCUCAUGAGGCAAUUUUACAGAAACAUUUACUGGCCCAUACGAAAGAGAGACCGUAUAUUUGUGAAACCUGCAAUCGCUCAUUUACUCUGGAGGAAAAUUUAAAGAGGCAUUAUAUCACUCAUACGAAUGAAAGACCGUAUACUUGUGAUACAUGUUCUAAGACAUUUUCUAGUCAGAGAAAUUUGACGAGUCAUUUACUGACGCACACGAAAGAGAAACCAUAUCCCUGCGAGUCAUGUGAUAAGGCGUUUUCCAAGAUGUCAUUUUUAAAGAGACAUUUAUUGGUGCACACGAAAGAGAGACCUUAUAUUUGUCACAUCUGUGAUUGCUCGUACACUCGGAAUGCACAUUUAAAGAACCAUAUAGCUACUCAUACGAAGGAGAGACCGUAUAUAUGUGAUAUAUGUUCUAAGGGAUUUUCUGAUCAGUGUGGUUUAAGGCAUCAUUUAAGGACGCAUCAGAAAGAGAAACCAUUUGUUUGUGACAUCUGCAAUCGCUCGUUUCUUCAGAAUGCAUUUUUAAAGAGGCAUCUAUUGACUCAUACGAAGGAGAGACCGUUUGCUUGUGAUGUAUGUUCUAAAACAUUUUCUGAUCGGAGCACUUUAAGGAAUCAUUUAGUGACGCAUACGAAAGAGAAACCAUAUUCCUGCGAUUUGUGCAAUAAAGCGUUUCCCCGGUUGACAAGUUUAAAGAAUCAUUUGCUGACGCAUACGAAGGAGAGACCUUAUGUUUGUGACACCUGUAAUAGUUCGUUCACUCAGAAUGCACAUUUAAAGAAACAUUUAUUGCAGCAUACGAAAGAGAAAUAGUUGUUUAUGAUUUCUGCAAUAAAGCGUUUUCUUUUUGGUAAAAUUGAAAGUAUCAUGUACUUAUUUUUUUAAAAUAAAAACCUUU